ACUAUAAUCAUCUCCUCUACGUAGGCUAAUAAAUGCCUUUCGAAGAAAUGAAGUGCAUCUCCAGGGAGCAGCGUUAAACAGAAACAAAAAUAAUAAAUAGGUCAACGUACAAUACAAUAUCAGUUCACAUAUGAACGUUUCCGUCAUAUUGACAUAAACUACAUAUGAAUUAGUUCCCCAAAUGUUUGCUACAGUAGUAUAUUGAACAAACAUACAACAUAAGAUACCCACGAGGUUAACUGUCGGCCCAAACAAAAUUCAUAAAACAACGGAGAGGCUGCGUGAAAAAGGAGACGCGUAUGGUUGAAUAUCCCCAGCAGGGGGUGCUACUGUGCAUUUUCGCUGAAACAACAAAGAUCGUCUAUUGAGGAGCGGCUUUCCGCUCAAUGCAAAAUGGUCGCUUCCGACUGCCCCCCCCGGUCACCAAUUACGACCAUGGAAAACGACACGUAGUGAAAGGUCUUGAUAUUUUCCAUGUCCCGUUGAAUACUUCGAGUGAAUGAUGACAGAGGAUGGAGAACAAGGCUGUGGCACCGACAGGGAAGAUGUGAAGAUGGGAUAAAGUGAGGGUAAACACAAAGCUGUCACUCGUAUUUCUAUUUAGUAGUUACGCCCAUUUUCACAGAAUGUCAGUACUCCGUUGUUUUUGACGGAUAGCUCCCGUUCGGCUAGGUUGUGGCUGCUCGAGCUAGCCGUCGGCAGUGUUAGCUAAUCAAUCGCCGUGUGGCUCAAAGGUAGCGGGAUGCGAUCUGUAGCUGUGGGUUUCACAGCUUAACGCCUAACGCCCAGUUAAUAACACAGAAUUACCUAGCUUUACUGCACACACAUAAUUAGCUUUACUGCAGGAGUUCACCUUUGAUUGACAACAACUUCUCUUCGUGAAGUCGGCAAAUUUAGCUAUUUAUGUCAUGGCAACGCACCUGUCUGUCUGGGUACAAGAGACAGGAGAAAAUGGCAGGACGUCAGGGUUUGUUAUGACUGUUCACAAAGCCAAAUGCUCAGGAUACUACAUCUAUUUUGAUAAAUUCGAGUCUUUGGUAUCUUCACGCCCUGUCGUCUUUUUCCCCGAAACAUGUUGGAUUUGUUGUGUACUUAAGUUGACAUUUGUAAUCCAUGAUGUGGCUGCUGUAGGCAGGCGUAGGACUGAACUCAGCUGUUAUCUAAGCGGCUCAAAGCUGCGGAUAAAGUUUCCUGUAUCACUUUACUGACUCGAUCCUUUAUUUUUCCACACCAGGACGAACACCCUUACGGACUGUCUUAGGUCAGGUGGUGUUUGAGUAAGACGUAAACAUAGCAGAUUUUUAGGGGACACACUAUUUAAAAGGGUCGAUGUUUUGUAUUGGAUUUAUGAAGUUCAGAUUAUAUUUGCGGAACAAUGUGUACAGCUUCCUCUAUUUUGAUAGCAGUCAGCUGAAUGUCUCUAACAAGAGAAAAAUAGACAAUGCUUUCCCUUUACAUGGGGAACUAACCAGUGCCGGUACUUAUCACGAAGUAUUUCGUCUGGGAGUUACACUUUGAUAUGUAGAACUAACAGGUGGUUUAAAUAGUUGCCAUCAAACUAUCCUUGUGAUUCGAUUGUCAAAUCAAUUUAGCAGUUAAGUCAAACAUAAAGUCAAAUGCAAAAUGUAAACAAAACAAGUCAAUCAAUCGAUCAGUCUAUAUUUAUAUAGCACUUUUCAUACACGACCAUGUAGCACAAAGUGCUUUACAUAGAAAAAGGAAAGAAGGAAACAAAGAAUACCCCAAUCUACCCCAGCCCAACCCCUCAUUCCCACCCCACAAUCUAAACGCAACAAAUAUUUUGUUUUAAUCUUUUGAUCCACAUUCUGUGAUUUUACCCUAUUUUAGUUGUAGGGUAACAAUUUUAAGUUUUAUAACCUCUUUUUAAUUUACUUUCUUUUAUUGUUUGAUUUAAGACUGUUUUAUUCAAUUAACUUUUAAUGCUUUAUCACCUUUGUUAUGUUUUAUUAUAGUUUUAUUGUUUUAGCCCUAGAUCCAGUGUUUCCUCAUUUCUUUUAACACAAGAUAGCAUUUCCUCAGUCAUCUGUGGCAAGUUUAAGAGUCCUCACCUGUUUUUUUUUUUGUGUGUGUGUGUGUGUGUGUGUGUGUGUGUGUGUGUGUGUGUGUGUGUGUGUGUGCUGUAUUUGUUGAAUGGGGGUUGGGAGGGUGGGUGGGGUUUGGUAUUUGUAUUUUUAUUUAUUUUAUUUCAUUGUUUUUAAUAUCCUUCUUGAAUGGACAACAUUUUGUGCUACAUUAUAUCAAUGAAAAGUGCUUUACAAAUAAAAUUUGAUUGAUUGAUUGACUGAACAGAAACAGUAUUAAAAUGCAUUAACUUAAAAAGGGCUUGAUUUCGUGGAAACAGGAAUGUGCGCACUGAGGAAAUGCCACUUUAAAACUCAAGAUAAGGAAACACUGGAGGUUUAGGUUAAAAUCUAAGAACAAAGUAACAUAGAAUAAAAUUUAAGAAAUAACAAAUAAAAUGAAAUAAAAACAACAGUAGAAGAUACUAAUAUAAGAGCACCAAAAUAGCUCAAUAAAAGACGAUCCUGUCAUUAAAACUAGAAAGAGAUAAAUGCUAAAACACUUAAACAAAGUUAAUGAUAUAAAAUUUAGUAAAAAGCAACACUAGAAAGGUACAUUUUGAGUACCUUUCAGCUGCAGUAGUACAACAACAUUUUAAACUCUUAUCACGAGUACAUUAGUUAGCGUAAGCAACAUAUGCAAUGAUGUAAUGUUUAAUAUACCAUUAGUCCAUGCUAAUACUCCAGGUAUUGCAGAAGGUUGUUGCUGAGUGUGUGCCAUCAUCAACACAAUGACACAAUUUUUCAGAUUCCCAUGAGACCUGCUGUCUUUCUGCUAUUUACUCUCUUUCUCCAGCUGAAUGAGGCAUUCAGGUCUGACUGGAAGAACCCAUGGAGCCACACACCAUGCCCCUGCACUCCCCCUCCCCUCCUCCACUGGAUGAUGAUGGUGAUGGUGAGGUAGGAUCAGAGGAGGACAAUUUGGGGGAAAUCUCUGCAGUGUCAUUAUGCUCCUCUUCUGGCAUUGUGGAUUCACAUGAUCCACCCUCCAGCCUCAGAUGUUCUUCUCCCAGAAUGAAGCAAGCCACUCGUCAACUGGACAGCAGCUUUAACCACCCAAUAGAACAAUCCCGGCCGAUUUCCACCAUGGACUCAGAGUCCAACAGAGGCCAGGUGGCAGUGGCAAGUCAGAAUUGUGGUUCUGAAUCACUUGUGCACCUCACAAAUGGUUAUUCUGAAAGAAAUGACAGCUCCUCAGUCUCUACAGUGGUUGCGUGCUCGCCCAAAGAAGAGACAGGUUUUGCUGAUUUCACUGUGUUUACUGAGCAGGCUGCACAUCCGUGGUGCUGUGGUUUCACUCCCUUAGUUGGCAUCCAAGAGAAACACUCUUCUAAGAGCUUUGGUGAUCAAAUCUGUGAACCAGAACAGGCAGUCAUUAUGGAGUCUGGGCCCAGAUCUUACUCUGCAUCGAAGGUAAAAGAAAAUAUUUGCACUAACAACCACUGUGAGAAAAGAGAUGCAGCACUCAUGCAACCAUCUCAGGACCAACUACAGCCUCAGGAAGCUGCUGCAGCAGCUUUGGAUUUUCCAUCUGAACAGCCUCACUCUGGGAAAGAGGACUUAUGUGACCCUGGAGACAGUAGAUUAAGUUAUGAUUCUUCAUUGACCUCAUGGCUGCAGGAGGAUGGAGAAUCCUAUGAAGACAGAGAAGAUAAAGGGAAGAGAAUUCCGGCAGUCCCUCAGACAAUCAGUGCGUGUGAGUCAUUUUCAGACGCAUCCUUUGGUGAUGAUUUAUCAUUUGAUUGUCCUUCUGCAGACUUGGAACCAAACGUUUCAUCUCUUGGUUCACCAGAGGAGCAAACUGACUGGGACCAGACUGAUGAUGAAGAAGAACUUGGAAACUUCAGACAUUCAAGCUCAUUUGUUAGUAACAACACAGCAAUUCCUCAAGAGUUUAAAACAGGGGUGGCUUUUCAUUACUGCAACCAAUCUGCAACUCAGGAUUCUUCUGCUACCUCACAAUCUGAAACACUUACAGACAACAGAUUUGCAGACUUUAGAGACCCUGGAUUUGAGCACCACAGGGACAAAGACUGUGUCCAAACAGCUGAUGCAGAGGUACAGAUUCUGGGAAACCUCCCACCGAGUGACAGCUUUGCAGACUUUUGCUCCGCACCCAGGCAGGAGGAUGGAGAGGAGUCGUGGGCGGAGUUUAAGGACCCGAGGGCUCAAGUGGAGGGAAAAGGUUGGACUCAGUCCCAAGAGCAAGUCAGCAGCCUGAAGAUUGAAGGGAGCACAGAGGAGGACAGGGCGGGGCAGUCUGCAGAAACCAGGAGGAACAGUUGUCAGGUGGGAAACUGAUCCCUUGUUGCUGUUAAUGGCAGCAUUAGUUCCCACAGAGAAAAUUUCAUACUUCUUGGUUGGAAUUUUGGUUAAUUUGCAAACUUUCUUUUGCUUUUUUGAGCUUUUUAAAGAUUUUCCUGUCAAACAGGCUUUAUAUGUGCGUCAAAAGCUACUCAAUAAAAAGAAGUAAAGUCUUCAAAUAUUUUGCACAUUGCAUUAAAAACAAAAUCCUCUCUUGUUUUUCUUGGCUAGACGUCACUCUGUGACCGGGUCCAGCAGCUUCUUCUGUCCAGUUUUCCAGAGGUGGAGGUCCCAGCUGUGGACAGUGUAGAGGAGGUACUCAGCCUUGCUGCUCUGCUUCAUGAACAACACCAUUCUGAGAGAGAGGAGAAGGAAGAAGGUCCAAGAUCUCAGAGGUGAGGAUGACUUCUUAGAAAGGUGGUGGCAUUAAAAGUAGAUAAGUUUGGGGAAAAAAAAGAUUGUCGUAGUUCAAAAGGACACAAAAAGUAAAUAAAGAUCUAUCUAGUUUAUAAAACUUAUUACAUUUGGACCUUUAAAUUCUAAACAGCUUUAAGGGCUUUGAAAGAAAAUAGUUGUGAGCACAAUGCAGAAGUGACUCAUCUCUAUGAGGAAGCAACAGCAGUGGAGUUUGAAUAAAUACAUAAACAACUUAGAAGUUGGUGAGGGCAGUGUUUAGCUGAAGAAAGCAAAAGAAAAUCUGGUUCAGGCUCUUUCAUGUCUUUACAUUCAUGGCAUUUCAGUGUUUCUUCAAGAUGUGCAGUCCUGUGGCUUUUUUAAGUUGAUACUGUAUGUCAAGUGCAGCCAAAUGUUACCUUGUUGUCUUCUCACUGCUUGCCAGUAUUCAGACUGUGAUGUGGUGGCCACAUCAGGAUUUUCACAGUGCAGCUGGCCUCCAGUUUCAGUGGGGAGGAUCUCACACAAACAGGACUCUGCUCAGCUGCCUCCAUGUGGACAUAAGGAACAUCGUGAGUCUGACAAGAUCUAAAAACGUCACAACAUUUAUUUUCAUUUUAGUCCUAAGAUGUUUGAUACCCAGUUUCAUAAAAUGUCAUGAGCUCACUGGAAAAAGCCCCAUGAAUGCUUAUGAGCUUGAUGAUGUUGUUUGUCUGCCUUUGAAGGUGUUCAUUGGCAUGAAGAAGCAGCCAGUGGCUGUUCCUGCUUUUGCAUCCAGCCUGGUGAGCAAACUGUAAGACACAUAAAAUUAAUGUAUUUCGACUCAUUGGUGAGAAGAAUCAAUGUAGUGGAGUAAAGUGAACACGUUUAGUGUUUGCAUAUUUUGUUCAGAUGCUUUUCUAGUCCAAACCUAAUGCUUAAAAAUUGCUCCUCUUUUUGUGUCCAUCCCCCAGGGAAUGUUAGAGCCCACCAAAGACUCUGUGCCAGCUGUCUGCUCCCCAGGACACACAGCUGUCACAGCACAAGCUCCUCCAGAGUCUCAGGUCACACCUGACCCCUCAACAGAUUCAGUACAGGUAAAUAAGCCUCUUUGAAUUGACACAUUAUGAGUGAUUAGUGUACAAGAUACAAAAGGAUAGCAUGUAUUUUACAUUGGGAACACAGCAACAUACUUUACUGACCACAGCAUUAAUCCUACUCUGCUUCCUGAAGUUCCUGUUUGACUCUUUCUCUGUAGGAGGCACUUCCUUCUAGCCAGCAGGACUGGAGCAGCCGUGGCCUUAGCAGCUCUCAGGACGGUACGUCCCCUCACCGAGCCCCUCACUUCUGGGGCCGGAAAUAGACUUAAGUAUCAGCCAUCCCCUUAUCUGGCUUCUUCUCAUGAGCCAACACUGUUUAGAGUUUACUCUGGACUCCUCUGGACCACUUGUCACUUCCUCCAAGGCAUGUUGUGUGUUGUUGUUUGUCUUGCUGUGUUUCCUCGAUUAAUUCAGACAUAUAUGAGUUUCCUCUCAUGAAUAACACAAAUUGUGUUUAAGUCAUUAUAGUUCAUCCAAAGAAGAAAACUUAUUGAGAUAAACAUCCAGCAGACCCAAACCUGGACUCAAAGGACAACAGCUGUGAAACCAAACAGAGAAAACUCCCAUCAAUCUCUUUUAAUCAAGACAAUAAUAGAGGAAACACUCAAGUGACUUCCUUUCCUCUCUCCCUUCAGAUACUCUGGUGUCACAUCUUUAUCUGUUGCUGUCAUCUCUCACACAGAAUAUACAAUAUCUCAGUAUCAAUUCGUGCCAGUUGUCACGAGGAAACAUCAUGGUCAUGAUAAGGUGAUUUAAAGCUUUGUAAAAGGCUAUUGAAAUCAAGAGUAUGCAUCAUCACAUGCUUUCUGAUGAGAUAAAAGUUGUGGUUAAAAACCAUUGAAUCAGCAAUCAAUGCCAAAUUCACAUUCUACUAGCAAAGACCCAAACACUGAAAUGAAUAUUUGUCAAAUGAGGGUGCAUGGACAUAAUUUCCAGUUUUUAUCUAAUGGGUAUGUCUAUCCCUGACACAGUUAUAUUUGAUUUUACUUAUUGAUGGCUACUGCGGUAGAUGAACGCUGAACAGGCAGUGUUAGUUCUGUGGUCUAACAUUUUCAAGCGCAUGACCGUUUUGCAGGUAGACGCCUAUAAUUCUGAUGGCAUCAUCAGAUUUUCUCAUGUAAAUAAACCCUGACAUGUCCUCACUUUUGAUUAAAAAAAAAGUCAAUAUUUGCAUGUAAAGGGUUUCAUGGGUAUCCUCUAAACCAGGAAGUAGAGAAAGACGAUACAAGAAUUUUGACAAAAACAAUGCAGCACUUAAUCAUUCUUUGCUCAGGAAAACAAUUGAUUUGAUUUGUUUAGAAUUACAUUAGCUGCAGUGGUGUUAAGGACAGUAUUUGCUUGGGAAUGAUUUGUUUUCAGUUCAGUGUGAAAUCUGACACUGAAGUCUGAAGGAAUUCCUAAAAGUGAUUUUUAGAUUAAAUCUACAGGAACUGUUUGCCUGACUGUUAGUUCUGUAUCUUUAACUGAUAAAUGUAUUUGUUGCUCUGGUUUGUAGAUUGCAGAUUGACAUGUGUCACUGGUUGGAGGCUUUACCUCUAGUUUUAUAUUAGACACCUUGAUCAAUCUUUAAUAGGUCUUUCUUUUUCUGGAUCCUUGACUUUCAGUUUUGAGUGAACAACCCAAACAAGUAAGAUAUUCAGUGAUAUGAUAAAAUGUCACCAGAACAGUGUUGUAAUAAUUUAGUAUGCACAGCAGAGGGCAGUGUGUCAUCUGCAUGUUAUUAAAAAAAAAAAAAAGAUGAAAACAUUUACUGUAUGAACUUAACUGAAGAAACAAAUCAAAAUAAUCAGUCAUUCACAUUAGCUCUAAUUGUACAGUCAGCCAUUUAAUCAUUCAAAUAUUUGUUUGUUGUCUGUAACAUUAGUUUUGUAAUGUCAUUAGUUACAUCUGUCUUCCUGUCCUGUGAUUGGGGUUACAUAUUCGGGACUUCAUUGUCCUGUCUUUCUUGGAUAUGUUUUCAAAGACUGAAACAGAAAAUGGGACAGAGACAGAGCAAAAGAGAAGACAGGAAAUGUGCAGACUACUAUCACUUAUUUAUGCUGCCUUUCUGUUUUACCCCUGUGCGCUUAUACACUGUAUGAGCAUGCUCAAUUUGAUACAAGAGUGUUUAUUUACAAGCACUUGAGUUAAAAAAGAGUACUAAAAUCAGCAUGUGAGUAUUCCAUGACUUAUAAACAGUGUCUCUGCGAUACCUCUGUAACAUCAGUUACAGUAUUUGAUAAUAAGUUGUGCCUUUAUGCCAGCAAUUCUUUACUAAAAGUUUUUUUGUUUGUUUAAAGUUGUGAAAUUCUGUCUAGACCUAUUGUUUCUAGACUAGAACCUGAUUUUUUUUUCUCUUUAAAUUUCCUGUUCAAAUCCAGAUAUAAUGCACUGCAAUAAGGACUUGUUGGAAAUCCUUGUAAAUACUGAAAUAAAUCAGUUGAUCCUUUCUGGUUUGUUUCAUA